AUGAGUAAGAUACUGUUUUGCAAAUCUAAAGUGUUCGUACACCCAACAAGUGAUACCAGGGAUAAUGUUGCCGGUUUUCUGCUACUCACCUUGGAACCCAACAAGUUGUCUCAUCAAGCCAUUCUUCAAUAUAUCCCGGAAUCUGGAUUAUCUACAUUAGAGAUAUCAAAACUAUUAAAACAUGAAACUAAAGUCGGCAUGUGUCCAACUUCUACAUCAUUCGUUGUUGAAAAUUCAAUAAACUUUAGCAAUCUAAUCAAUACCUCCUCGGGCCAAGCUUUCGAAAUUUCUCUCUCACAAAUAUAUUGCAUCCAAUUUAGGCCCCCUAGCCCAAAUGGCUGGUAUGUUGGAUCUUUAGUUAUAUAUCCUUUGACAGAACAAUUUACGGGAUUUCAACCCCCUGUCUUAUUCUUUCAUGACCAGCUCUGCCCAUCAACUACGGACAAGUUAAAAAGACUACGUAAAUCUAUGAACCCAUUCGAUGACUCAGAUGAAUUGUAUUGGGGUGGCGUAGAUUUGAGAAACAAAAUCAAUGAAUUGAUGGAACUGAAGAAAUCAAACUUAGAACCAGAAUUUUGGUUGGUAAAUCCUUCCUUGAAUGAUUUGAGAAAUUUUGUUUCCAAGGAUCUAUUGGAAAGUUAUAACAAUGCAAAAAAAAAUAGUUUUGAACCGGCUACUGCCGGCGUGACACUAAACGAGAAAUUCCAAGAAUGGAAAUGGAACGUAAUGAGCAAGAUAGCAGACGUGACUACCAAAUCCACCAAUUUUAUUGAUAGUUGGCUGACUAAUAACUCACCUAUACAAAAAUCACAAAUUGACAAUGAAUACUUACAAAAGCUUCUGAACAAUGAAAAGGUCAAACAAAUUGAGCAGGAUUAUGACUCUGCAAGAGUGUAUUUGGCAAACUGGUCAUUGGGGGUAAAACAAGAAGCUGAGAGAUAUCAAAAGCAGAACAAGCUCUUUGAUUCGUAUAGGAAUAACAUUUUUAACGACCUAAAUCUAACUGAUGAAUUAAAUGAUACAGAAAUAAAUAAUGCCCUGCAAAGACAAUUUCCUUUAACGGAAGCGAAAUGGAAUUCGCUAUGGGAUGAGAACGAUGGGAGGCUGAGAGUCACGGUAAACGAAGUUAAGGAUUUCAUAUUCCAUGGUGGGUUAGAAAAUGACAGUUUGCGAGGAAAAGUUUGGGGUUUUCUCUUAGAGAUAUACCCAUGGGAUUCUUCUCAAGAUGAGAGAAUACAAAUCGAUCAAACUUUAGCGACUGAAUACGAUCAAUUAAAACUAACCUGGUCAAAGGAUUUUUUACAAUUUGACGAUGAAGAUGAAGAGGAAUACUGGAACGAUCAAUUAUUUAGAAUAUCUAAGGAUGUGAGACGCUGUGAUAGAAACUUGGGCAUAUUCCAAUACAACACCACCGAUGGAUUACCACCGCCACAAGAGCCCCCCGCAAAUGAAAAUAACAAUACCGACUCCGAGCCCACUAAUGACGAGAGCGAUGAUGCAGACGAUGAAGUCAAAAACCCACAUUUGAUACAUUUGCAAAACAUUCUUAUCACUUAUAAUGUUUACAACACAAACUUAGGCUACGUGCAGGGGAUGACUGAUCUUUUGUCGCCUAUUUACGUCAUCAUGAAGGAUGAAUGGAAAGCGUUUUGGUGCUUCACCCAUUUCAUGGAUAUUAUGGAAAGAAAUUUUUUAAGGGACCAGAGUGGCAUUCACGAACAAAUGUUAACCCUCGUGGAGUUAGUUCAAUUAAUGCUACCAGAUUUGAGCGAACAUCUCAACAAGUGCGAUUCAGGAAAUUUGUUCUUUUGCUUUAGAAUGCUUUUAGUAUGGUUCAAGAGGGAAUUCGAAAUGGAAGAUAUUUUGCAUAUUUGGGAGAAUUUUUGGACUUUCUACUACAGUUCACAAUUCCAAUUAUUCUUCAUGUUGGCCAUCUUACAAAAAAACUCACAGGCUAUUUUACAGCAUCUAAACCAGUUCGACCAGAUAUUAAAAUUUUUCAAUGAACUUAACGGGAAGUUGGACUGGAAUGACCUGAUGGUUAGAGCGGAGCUUUUGUUCAAGAAGUUUGAGAAAAUGAUGCACGUCAUGGAAAGAGAUUUACAAAACGUAUCAUCUUCUUCCUCCUCCUCCUCUACCAACGUAUUGCCUUGUCAGAGUGAAAGGUUGACCCUGCUUCUUUCGAAGAAACCUAUUAUAAAACAUGAAGGACAAAGGAGCAAGAAUUCCGUUAAAUAG